AUCAUAAGUUUGGUAUUUUUCCGUUAGAGACGGUGUAAAAACGCGGUGUCUGAACGAUUCUUCAAAAUCAUUGUAAAAUCCGAAUGGACAGCCGACCAUGAAAUUUUCAAAGUUCGAAUCGAAUCAAAACAAAAAGCAAACACAGGGAUUUUGGUAUUAGUUGGAGUAGCUGUUAUUAGCUAAUAUUUGUUGGACGGAUUCUUCCUUCUUUCCUAAGCGAAGCCCAAUGAAUUGAUACAAACACAGAAUCCUUGCAAUCACAGACCGCAAUUUAAUAAUCAUGGCCAGUUUUCUGCACACCCAUCUGGUUGUAAUCUUGGUUUUUUCCCUCUUUUUAACAUCUGCCGUGGCAAUUGAAAACGAGAACACUGUUAUCGCCUUGCCCAUUUCAGAAAAUGCGAAAAAAACCACGGCGUGCAAUGAAAAAUCCAGUGACUCUGUUACAUGUCCUGUAAGCUGUUUCAGGGCAGAUCCAGUGUGUGGGAUUAAUGGAAUAACUUAUUGGUGUGGUUGCGCGGAGGCUCAGUGUGCGGGCGUUGAGGUGGCCAAGAUUGGAUUCUGCGAAGUGGGCAAUGGAGGAAGCGGUCUGCUCUCUGGACAAGCCCUUUUACUGGUACACAUUGUGUGGCUUAUUCUCUUAGGGUUCAGUGUCCUCAUUGGCCUGCCCUAAAUUGGUUCGGGUCAUUUAUUUUAGGGUUUAGGUAGGAAAUUCUUGGGGAAUUUUCUUUUCGGUUCCUUGUUUUUUUGGAGGUGUCAUCGAUUAUUCAUUACCCAAAUUUAAAGAGUUUUUGUGGUGUUACCUACCCUCUGAUUUGGGCAUAGCACAGAAGUUGCUGAUUAGUUUGUAUUUCCCUUUCAAGGGCCAUUCUUUGAUUUUUGUGAAGAGGAUUCUUUUGGCUUCUAUCUGGACGGUGUUUGGAAUAAAAAAAUUGAUAAUUUCUCCACGAUAUACAGAUUUGUUCCUUUCGAGCUUUGAA